AUUAUCCAUAAAGGAAGCAAGGAAAUAUGCUGCUGCUGCUGCCCUCCAUUCACCUCAUACUCCUCGCCGACUUCCGGCAAACCGAACGCAGUAGUCUUCAGGUGCUCGAUCCUCUCUGCAACUAUGGGCGAUCAAUCUCGGCCGCCGCAUCCGCCGCCGCAGCCUGCCACUGGCUACCCUGCCCAGCCUAAUCCCAACGGUUACCCUCCCUCAGCCGGCACGGCCUACUCGUAUCCUGCGGCACAGCACGGCGGUCCGUACGCCUUCAAUUACGACAGCCACUAUCCCUCCGGCCCACAACCCCCAUAUGCCCUUGACGCUUACUCGCUGCAACGCGCGAACUUCCUUAGACGCGUAGUGGGCGUGAUCUUAGCCUGCUUCUUCAUGGCCGGCACGAUUCUCUUCAUUGUCUGGCUCGCCUUCCGUCCCCAGCUCCCUGAGUUCCGAGUCGAUUCACUUUCUGUUUCUGAUUUCAACCUCUCCAGCAACUUUCUCUCAGCGAAUUGGGACUUGAAGUUCACUGCUCGGAACCCUAAUAAGAAGAUGACUGUAUACUAUGAAGACAUUCAGGCCUCUAUUCUCUAUGGUGACUCGGAGCUGCUUGCAGGAACCAGCCUUGCACCUUUCGCUCAGGAUACAAAGAGCGAGACUGCCUCAAAAGGGACAUUUACUGCCUCUGGAACAUUCGUCGAUGAUUGGGUUGUGAAAGGGAUCAACAGGGACAAGUCCAAUGUUGACUUCAAUGUCAUUCUAGUGACCAGGGUUUGGUUCAAGACCGGAUCAUGGAGGACAAAGAGGAGGAUUCUGAGAGUUUACUGUCGGGAUUUGAAGGUCCAACUCUUAGAAAGCAGCGCCCAUUCGGGAAACCACACGGCCCAACGUUUAUCUUCUGGCAACUUGGUAAGGGCUCCAAAGCAGUGCCGAGUGGGGUUUUGAUGGUGGGCCUGCACUUUCAGAGUACAAAGUGAUAUUCUCCCAAUGUUUCUUGCUCAGUCUUCUUCAAUCAUCAUCUUCCCCUAUUAUGGAUUUCUGCUGGUCUGUUUUCAAUGGAUAUUUUUAUCCAUCCCAAUCUUGUGUCGCCUCGUGGGAGCUUUGGCGUAGGUAUGCAUCUAUACUGGCAUAAGAUGUGCAGCGGUGAGACAACCUAGCUGGUGUUGAACUACUUUGUUUUAAAUUACAUUUAUACUGAUUAUUACAUCGGAAAUUUAGGUGUUGAGGAAUUUGUUCUGCCAUCUCUGUUAAAAUGGAAAAUGCUUCAACUUUUAUGGCCCUGUAUUAAAUCGACGGUUAGUAUAAAACUCUACUUCAUGCCAUUAUGGUGUGAUCCUACCCGUACCCUCUUCGGCUUGAUGCUUUGUGCAUUG